AGCGGCUGGAGGGGAAGCCGCGCGCGCUCUUUCGCACACCGUUAGACACUCCGCGGAUUAUCACCGACACACACCGGACGGAGCGGAAACCACGCUGCAGGCACGAGACAGGAAAUUAUCCUCCGGACCCGACAGAGAGGAAUAAAACCCGCCUCGACACGGAUUAUUUAUUACACUUUAUUACCGGAAUGACGGAGUGUUAAAUCCCCUGCGCGAGAGAGAGAGAGUGUGUGUGUGUGUGUGUGUGUGUGUUAGCGCGCUCGGAGCUGUAUGGAGGUCUAGAGAGGAGCAGAGAAACGGUUUAUGGAUUCUGAAUCGUCUCUAUUGUGUCUCUGAGGUGACUGUCAUCUGUCUAACACGACUCUGACUCGGCUGAUUUGAGAAAAUAACACCAACGGUCGUCCUGGGUGGGUAUCUCCGGAGUGCGUCUGGGAGAGAGCGCACCUGUGUGUGUGUGUGUGUGUGUGUGUGUGUGUGUGUGUUUGUGUGUGUGUGAGCCGCCAUGCUGGCGUGUCUGCAGCCGAGCCUCAAUGCCACCCACAGUGCCAAGAGCCUGGACACACCCAAUGUUCAUAAACGUGGACCAAGCAUGGCUGUCCACUCUCUACGCUACCCGAGCACUGCGGAACUGGAUGCCUACGCCCAGAAGACGGCCAACAACCCGCUGUCCAUUAAAAUAUUUCCUACCAACAUCAGGGUCCCACAGCACAAGCAUCUUAACCGCACAGUGAAUGGCUACGACACAACAGGUCAACGCUACACCCCGUACCUCCAACCAGGUGCCUACCAGGGCCUUCUGGCCAUAGUCAAAGUCUCUUCAUCAUCAUCCUCUUCGUCUUCUUCCUCUUCAUCGUCGUCGUUUGUUGCUUCCACAAAGGCUGUGGUGAAGAACGCAGAAGGCCGGCGGACUAAGGUCUCUCCUGCCCACAUAGCAGUGGCUCCCUACCAAGUGGGUUUCAAUGCUGCACCUCCGAAACCCCUUGACACUACAGUUCUUACCGUGCCACCCAACGUGACGGUUGCUGGCUCUGUGAUCCCUCUAGCAGGGACGAGAGGGCUCAAUCUGUCCUCUCAGUCAAAUCUCCCAUCAAUCCAGAGCAUCAUCUACCAGAUCAACCAGCACUGCCAAGCCCAGGCCCUCCAGCAGGUCUCCACGGUUCCCCCGAACCCAAAUUCCAAUCCCAGUCCUUGCAAGCAAGGCACCACGGCACUUGGGGUUUCAUCCAUCUCAGGGGGGAGUUACAUCGCAAAUUUAGCACCGCAAGGGAAUGUGGGAUACUCUGGCACGGUACUACCAGGACAGAAUGGGGAUGCAGCAAAGGUGGCUGCGUAUUCAGAGAGUUUGGAUUACAUCCUUUGGCAGAAGCAGCAACAGCAGCAUCAGGCCAUAUUGAGGAUGUACAGCGGUGGAAGUGGCGGAAGCGGUGCAGUUAGCAAGUCGCCAGAAUCUUGUGGCCCAAGCAUCCUAGUGGGUGGAUCCCAGGCACCGUGUUCCUCCAGGACGUACCCUGUAAUGACAAGCGUGAGUGGAGGAGGUGGCCUCGACAAGCUGAGCUCCUCACCAUUGAACUGUGCAGCCAUGCAGGGGAACUUCGCUUUGGGGCAGUAUUUUGCCCCACCGUGGAACAGUGUCCUGGUCACCCCAGAAAGUGACUGCUACAACCCUCAGGAGUUGCCACCAGGGUCAACAACCGUUGGGCAGAAGGAGCUGGGCUUUCUGCCUCAUCACCAUCACCACCUUCAUCAUAACUACCACCAUCACCACCAGCACGCACCCACAGACGGCUCGGGAGGCGUUUGCUGCGGUUUGCCGAGUAAAAACUUGUGCAAUGCUUCUGUUCUCAGUAGCAGUUUGCAGUCGCUGGAGUACCUGAUCAAUGACAUCCACCCUCCGUGUAUUAAGGAGCAGAUGUUGGGUAAAGGAUAUGAAACCAUCUCAGUACCACGACUUCUGGAUCAUCAGCAUGCGCACAUUCGACUUCCUGUUUACAGAUAGAAGCGCCGAUCUAAGGUUUUGCAAACUGGGGAUCUUUUCAAUCAAAAAUGGAGAUGAAUUUGUGGAUUGGGGUCGGUUCCGUGGUUGCGUUGGUUUUAAGCAGAUUGCGAAGAUCUGGGCGGUGAUUGGUUGAAAACUAGGAUUAUGUUUUGAAGACUAGAAGGAAAUUGAAAGUCAGAGAUCCUGCUUGCUUUUUUUGUUUGGGCAACAAGGACUUUUUUUCUUAUUCUGUUUUUUUUUUCCAUGUUAUCAGUUUGGACAAAAUUCUGCAGGUGAUAAAAAUCACGUUAUAUAUGAGCAGGAAAUGACUUUGCUCGCUCAGCUGAGUGUGUGUGGAGUCACACGGUGACGAGGAGGAAAACAGCUUCAACGUGUAAACAUGCGCACUUCUGGAGGUGAUCACAUCAAAUGUUGCGAAAGAAAUGCUGUAGGAUCAGUGCUUUUGAGUGUUGUUUAAGGAUGUUACAUGAUAGUAAUUAAAAAAUAAUAAUAACUUAAUUGUACGAAUAAUUAUGGCUAUAAUUGAAAAUUGCACUGCUUCGGAAAUUGAAAAUCUUGCGAGACGAUUGAAAAGCUGGAAACAACUAGUCUGAGUUUAAUGUAUUUAUGAAACUUGAAAACUUGAAUUUAUUUUUGUUGUUUUAUAUAUUUGUAGUAAAUCAGAUGUAUUGGCUGCUAAGGAGAAAGACGUGUCUUAGUUUUUUAAUGGUUACUAAUGAGUUUUGUCUGUUUUGAUUGUUUUUUUUCUUCUUUUGGCUAAAAUUGAGUAACUCUGAUCAGGUCUCAGCACUGCUUUUGAUUGGUGAGGAACCAACACUGGAAUCACUGGAGGACUGACUGGUGGCCACGAUGCACUCGGCCCAGAAAUAAACCUUGUUUGAAAAUUGUGAAUUAAGGACGUGAUUAAGAAGGUCCUGGUUUGGGUUUGAAAUGUGAGGUGGUUUUUUUUUUUUUUCUGAACCUCUGGAUGGUGUACUUCAUGGCUGUUCAUGGAAGUCCACAACCAGGAACUGUUUUUAGAACACAAUACUUCACCAGUUCAUACACAUUAUUCAGAAAGAAUCCAUUAAUUCAUAUUUGUGUAAUCAAAAUCUUUCUAACUAUCCAGUCGACUCACUAUUUUCUGUCUUUUUUUUAAUAUUUACGCUCCUAGCACAGUGUUAGUACACGCCCGAUCAUCUCUACAGCUUUCAUCCAGUGAGAAGAUUAGUUUGUUUCAUUCGUGUUUUUCUUAAGUGGUCAAAUAAAACAGUUCGUGGUAGUCGACACAGAACCAUCUGCUUACACGUGGUAAACACAUGUCGCCCUGACAGAAUCGGACCAGACGUUGUGAUUUUUUUUUUCUUUAGCGUUCAGGUUUUAGGAAAUUCGAUUUGUAGGUUCUGUCUGAGAAGCAGGUUUGUGGUUCUGCUAAUUUCCCGUCACUACCUAAUGCUAAUGAGUCGUGGAAAAGGAAAUCGUUUGGUCACAUGACCCAGGAAGCAGGAGGAGAGAAAAGGUGAAGCCAACAUUCGAGCCUUUAUCUUUUUUGUUUUUGGAAAAGAUGAAACAAUCAUUUUUCUCCAGUUCUUGAUUUCUUUCUCUGAUGGAGACAGAAGGUGUGGAGUGUGUUUGUGUUCCCUCUCCCUCUCUCUCUCUCUCUCUCUGUAACACUGAAACAUUCAUUCCAGCUGUGAAAUCCCUGUGAAUGUGCUGCACUUAAUCCAACUGAGUGGACCAAUAUGAAAAGCAAAAAAAGAGAGAGAGAAAAAGAAGAGAAAUUGGAUUGAUGCCAUGGAACCCAGCGCUGAAUUAACAUUUCUUUUUUCAGUCAAGUUUUAUUGGAAAAUUGAAUUUUUAAACGAGAGAGAGAGAGAGAGUGUGUGUGUGUGUGUGUGUGUGUGUGUGUGUGUGUGUGUGUGUGUGUGUGUGUGUGUGUGUUUGGGUUUCUGCCAGAGGCAAAAAGCAGUCUAGAUUUAUGAAGUGCAAUUAUUAUGACUGUAUGAAGGCUAAUUUUAUUUGCUUUUUCUGAGCUCAAACCAAAAGAAAAAAAAAUCUAAAAAAAAAAAAUUUUUUCCUUUGUGAUUCCGGUACAUUCCUGCUGUUCUAUACUCUAUACUCAUUCCCUAUUUGUUUUG